AAAAUUUUAUCUACGUGGCCAAUCAAUGUAAAACCAGGAAGUAAAUGUUGACAUGAAUCAAAUAGUGAUAGCAAAAUAUUAGCAGUUAACAUUUAUUUGUGAAAAAAAAUAACGGAUUACAUUUCUAAGACGAAACAUGGCAGCCUCAGACUUAAAAUCAUCAACACAAUUUUCACCACAAACAACAUCCCUGUCAUCAGAUGAGGAUCUUCAAGUUUACUGUCAGCCAUGUGACGAGGAAGGAACCAGACUUCCUGCCCAUGGUUACUGCACAAACUGCAAGGAACAUCUUUGCAAGGUUUGUUUUACAGUCCAUAAAAAACAUAAACUUUCCAAACAUCACAUUCUACUAGAUGCUACAAGUAUGCCUAAAUCUUUACAACAUUCAACAGCCACCUACUUGGAUCAGCCUGAUGAUCUAACCACACCCUGUAAGAAGCACCCUAAAGAAAUGAUGAAGUUCUAUUGCAAUGAUCAUAGACAAUCUCUGUGUAGUGUUUGUGCUACCUUUGAACACCCAGUUACUUCCUGCAAUGUCAACUACAUACCUGAUGUUUCUGGUAAUAUAAUAAACAGUAAACAAUAUAAAGAUAUAUUGAAAACAGUAAAUAACAUUUCUGACCAAUAUCAACAGAUAGUAAAAGAUGUUCAGAAAAUGACAGACAAAUCUAGCAGCUCCCUGAAAGAGGCACUAGCAAACAUCAGAAAGUUUCGACAAGAAAUCAACCAAAGACUAGAUGAACUGGAGAGACAGACUGAAAAUGAAGCAACGGUCAUAGAACAAGAAAACAAGAAACAUCUAAAGGUAGUAGAAACAACAUGUGAAGAUGUGAUCAAAGCUAUGAAGAGAUUGUCAGAUAAUAUCAGACGCCUCAACACAUCAAAUCAAGCUGAUCAACUUUUCAUGGAACUCAAACUUGCAGAGAAAAAGAUGAAAGACAUAGAGGAUAAAUCACUACAGCUUACUUCAUACAAUAACAGUGAGGUAACCUGUAAAAUAAAUGAGGGAAUAUUAGUCAUGCUUAGAACAGAGACCUCAUUAGCUACAUGGAUACAGAAAAGAGAUAUCUGUGUAAAGAGAUCAGAAGAUAAUUCUACAUGUUGGAUAACAGGGAUAACCUACCUUAGCCCUGAUCUUCUUGUCGUCACUGACCAUGAUAACAACACUGUUAAACUGUUGGAUACCAGCAGUCAAUCUGUGUGUGAUCAACUACAACUUGAUUAUAAACCAUGGGAUAUUACCACAGUUACCAGUACAGAACUUGCUGUCACACUUCCCGACAAACAUGCAAUACAGUUUGUAUCAAUCUCAUCUCAAAAAAUUAAAAGCAAGCACAGUGUGAAGGUCCAUGAAAGCUGUUAUGGUGUUAGCUGUUAUCAAGAUAAACUUGUUGUUUCAUUCUUUUAUCCUGCAAAACUCCAGAUCCUUGAUAUGAAGGGCACCGUACUUACAAUAUUUGGGGAAAAUAUUGUGCAUGAGCCACGGUAUGUCGCAUGUAAUAGUAGUUCUAUCUAUGUAUCCGAUGUGGAAACAAGGAAAGUAACAAGAUUUAAUUGGCAGGGAGACUUGAUUGGAAGCUAUGGUCGAAUGGGUUUUCCUAGUGGUUUAGCACUGUCAGAUGGUGAUACAAUUUUUGUGUGUGACAAGGAGAGAAAGUCUUAAAGGAGUUAUCAGGAGAUUGUUCUAUUGGAAAAGUGGUGUUGGAGAAUCUCAAGUGUCCAUUUGCUGUACAUGUGUGUGGGGAAACAAAGAAGUGCAACAACUGUUAUGGUGGAGAUUACACAGACAUCAACUUUGUCCACAUUUAUAGAAUGUCAUAGACCCAAACAAUAUUUAGUGAACAUCAUGCUUUACUUGCGUAAAACAUUGUCUUAUCAUGCUUUGAAUUUGAAGCUGUCAAAAUGGGAAACGCGUGUGACUAAUUCAAAUGCUGAAGUUAUACAUACAACAACUGGUCAAACUGUGAAUGCUGGCUAGGCUCUAUACAUGUAACAUAGACAAAUCCUAAUUACUGCAAGCAUUUCAAUGGAUCGUAACACAAACAUGUCAUUAAAUUUUUACUUUAUUUCUAAAGAAAUUUUUUCAUAAUCCACAACCUUACUACAGACACAAGGAAUAUAUUUUGAAAAUAUGGGAAGAUACCAAAUGCCAAUACACCUUCAUAAAUGUUUAAAGUUUUAAACUUUAAAACCAGUUAACAUAUAAUUAAAUCUUAACAUUCAUAUCCAGGGCAUUACAAUUCUUACAUAUCAGUAGACUAUGGCAAAAUCUUGCAGUUGUAUGAUGCUGUCAAAUGAUCUGAUUUACUUUGUUUGGAAGCAUACAGGAUAAUGUCUUCGGUUUUUCUAUGGAGGAAUAUAUUGUUACAG